AUGGCUACCCUGAUCUUUGUUGAUAAGGAAAAUGGAGAACCAGGCACCCGUGUGGCUCCCAAGGACAGGCUGAAGCCAGGGUCUAGGCCUCCAGUAAAAGCUUUAGCUGGGAGAUCUCAGGUUUUAACACCACGUGUAGGCAAAAUGUUUGAUGCUCAAGCAGCCUUACCUAAAGUUGCCAGAAAGGCUUUGGGAACUGUCAACAGAGCCACAGAAAACUCAGUAAAGACUAAUGGAUCUCUCAAACAGAAGCAGCCGACCUUCUCUGCCAAAAAGGUGACUGAGAAGACUAUCAAAGCAAAAAGCUCUGUUCCUGCCUCGGAUGACACCUAUCCAGAAAUAGAAAAAUUCUUUCCCUUCAAUCCUUUAGAUUUUGAGAGUUUUGACCUGCCUGAAGAGCACCAGAUUGCACGCCUCCCCUUGAGUGGAGUGCCUCUCAUGAUCCUUGAUGAGGAGAGGGAACUCGAGAAGCUCUUGCACCUGGGCCCCCCUUCACCUCUGAAGAUGCCCUCUCCACCAUGGGAGUCGAAUCUGUUGCAGCCUCAAAGCAUUCUGUUGACCCUGGAUGUUGAAUUGCCACCUGUUUGCUAUGACUUAGAUAUUUAA